AGUCCAGAGAUGUGUUGAAGGAGACAAAGUCCAGGUAAGAAAAGUUGCUCCCCAUUCAUAGUUUCAUACGUAAUUCUCCCUAUUUCAUAGACUGCUUCAAUUUCAAUGGUGGAAACGCGGAGAUGGCGAAACUAAACAGCUAUAUGACUGCUGAUGCCUUCUAGUCGGGCGCCGCCGCGGGCGGCAAAGUUCUUCCAUCUUCGUCGACAAUAAAUUCCCACCACCUCUCCCCCGUCUCCUACAAACAAGUUCGGAAUUCACUUCCUCCGCUCACAGUUCUGCUCGAAGUGCCGAGGUUUCGAAUUCGGCGGUUGCAAACGCCGAUCCGUUAAUUUCACUUGUCUCUGCAUGGAGAGCAGAAACUGAAGAAGCCAAUACUAUAAUUUGCGAUCGAAAUAAACAGCAUUGGAUGGUUUUGGUGAAUUUGUGAUACGUAAAGUGUAUGGACAUGACUUGUAGCUGUUUUGGUGGAUCAAGUGCGCGCCGUAGGAGUAGUAGGAAUAGUUUUGCUCAUCAAGAAGCUCGAGAUGGUGGAGAUCACUCAAGUGCAACAACAAAAAGAUUCUCAUACUCCGAGUUAAAAGAAGCAACAAACAACUUCAAUCAAGCUAGUAAGAUAGGAAGAGGAGGUUUUGGAAGUGUUUACAAGGGAACCCUACGAAAUGGUUUACAAGUUGCAAUAAAAUCACUUGCUGCUGAAUCAAAACAAGGAAUUCGUGAGUUCUGGACGGAGAUUGAAACUAUUUCAAAUGUAAAACAUCCAAAUCUGGUUGAGUUAAUUGGGUGCUGUGUUCAUGGUGACAAUAAGCUCCUUGUGUAUGAAUAUUUAGAAAAUAGGAGCCUUGAUCGCACAUUGUUUGGUCAUAGUACGACUGUUAACUUGGACUGGAGAACAAGAGCUACUAUUUGCUUGGGAACUGCCAAUGGCUUAACUUAUCUUCAUGAAUUCUCAGUGCCACACAUAGUGCACAGGGACAUUAAAGCCAGCAAUAUACUACUUGACAAGGAUUAUACACCAAAGAUUGGAGAUUUCGGGCUGGCUAAACUUUUCCCAGACAAUAUGACCCAUAUCAGUACCAGAAUCGCAGGAACAACUGGUUAUCUAGCACCUGAAUAUGUGUUAGGGGGUCAAUUGACAUUAAAGGCUGAUGUAUAUAGCUUUGGUGUUCUAAUGCUUGAAGUUGUAAGUGGGAGGAGCAGUUCCAGUUCUAACUGGGGAGGACAACGUAAAUUACUUCUUGAACAGGCAUGGCAGCUACAUGAAGAGGGCAAUUUAUUGGAGCUGGUGGAUCCGGAGCUGGAACAGUUUCCUAAGGAGGAAGUCUUGAAGUAUAUGAAGGUUUCACUUUUCUGCACACAAGCAAAUGCAAGCCGUAGACCGAUGAUGAGCCAGGUCGUUGACAUGCUCUCCCGCGACAUUAAACUAAAUGAGAAAGAACUGACACCGCCUGGUUUCUUUCAAGAUCCCAACGGGCCUAAUGCUCACUCAAAGCAGAACGCGUCUGAAACGUCCCAACCCAUGAGCUCGGCUCCCAUCACUAUCACCCAGGUGAGUGCCAGAUAAAAUGCUUAUUUCUGUACCCCCACCCCCACCCCACCCAUAAAAAAAGUAAAAAAUUAAAUAAAAAAAGAAGAAUAAAGAAAGAAAAGAACAAGAAUAUCUGGAGCAUUGCAUAUAUCAUGGGCCUCGAUUGCUGCACAUAAAGAAGGCUGCUGUAGGGGAGUGUAGUUAGGCUGCUAAUAUUAUUAUUGGUUGAUGUACUAUUCUUUACCUUAUUUUUUUCCCCAUCAGCUACCAUUGUUAAAUUAAACCGUACAUUCGGAUGUACUUAUUUUACAUACAUCCAUCGAGUACAAUACGGAGUAUAUAACUUGUAAGUGUGCAUACACUAAUUUUACAAUGUGCACGCUUGGGUAUGUAAGAAAACGUGUGCUUUUUA